ACAUUAUCUAACCUAACAACCGGCUUCUUAAAUCAGUUUACCGGCCCGUGUCGUCGCGAGCGCACGUAUUUAUAACCUGUGUGUGUAACACUUGAUUUAAAACGCGAUUAAACCAAAAACAAUACAUAAAACAGGUUUAUUUCGAAGAAGGGCGCCUCUUUAGUUAUCAAAUGGGUAAAGUGGCAACAUCAGAAGCCCUGAGGUUCAUGACGGACUGUCUGAAGGCAGUUGGGGCAGCGGCCAGGGCAGCUGAACAGCAAGCCGAGCUACUCAUCCAGGCUGACAGGUUCGGUCAUCCCAGUCAUGGCCUUAAUAGGCUAGAGAUGUAUGUAAACGACAUCAUAAGCGGUGCGUGCCAGCCUAACAACGAGCCAACGGUGCUGAAGGAGACCCAGUCGACAGCAUGGGUGGAUGCCAACAACGUACUGGGAGCGACUGCCAGCCAUUUCGCUAUGGACAUAGCUAUCAAGAAGGCCCAAGAAACCGGAGUAGGGUGGGUCUCUGUAAAAGGUUCUAAUCACAACGGUAUGGCAGGAUUUUGGUCUCAAAAAGCAGCCGAUAAAGGCAUGAUAGGCAUGGCUUUUACAAACACGUCACCCUUGCUAGCACCUACAAGGAGUAAACAGUCGGCGUUGGGCACAAAUCCUCUGUCGGUAGUGGCACAAGCAUCGCAGGGCGAAUCCUUCUACCUCGACAUGGCUACCACAGCAGUUGCAGUUGGAAAGAUUGAGAUGCAGCGUCGGAAAGGCGAGCCGUUACCGAGCGGUUGGGCGCAGGGACCUGAUGGCAAAGAAACCAAAGAUGCUGAACUGGGCUUCAAAACAGCAUGUCUUAUGCCUCUUGGCGGUGGUGAACUGACAUCAGGUUACAAAGGAUUUGGACUAGCCGCUAUGGUUGAGCUGUUCUGUGGAGUAUUAUCAGGUGCUAAAUAUGGCCACCAUGUGCGAUCGUGGUCCCACGGUGGAGACGGUGGGCCAGCCAACCUGGGUCAUUGCUUCGUGGCUGUCAACCCAGAGUGCUUCGCCCCAGGCUUCGGAGACCGUCUCGCUGACUGCAUACAACAUUGGCGGCAGUUAGAACCUACGGAUCCCAACCUGCCAGUGCUGGCUCCAGGAGACAAGGAAAAGAAAGCAGCGGCUUUAGCAGAUACUACAGGCUCGGUGUCUUAUGUCAAGCAGCAAAUAGAGUCCAGUGCUGCACUGGCAAAAAAACUCAACGUUAAGCCAAUGGAAGUGUCACUCGAUUAGUUUGUGGGACAACUUCAUUUAUUUUGCUAUAGUCUUAGGAGUAGGUAGUGAUAUCCAUGUUCGGUAUCACUCUGCUGACGUACAGUUGCCAUCGCGCAUUCGGAACCUGGAAACUGUCAAAGAUGUUAAUUAUAUCAAGGUGCCUUCUAAGUUAAACAUAAGUGAAAAAUUGUGAAAAAUGCCAUAUUAUUUUUUUAUAUACAGAAUAUUAAAUAAGUAUUUACAAAA